AUAAGAUUUUAUAUAAUGAAAAAAUUAUAGUAAAAAAAAAUAUAAAUCAAAAUAUUUCGAUUGCUUCUACAGCAUUUCCAUUGACAUAAGAGAACCCGAAAAAAAUAUUGCAGCAUUAAUAUAACGUUUAUCAACUACACGACGCCGCGAUAUACUACGCCACCACAAUCGACUACUCUUCACCCCUACUUUGCCUACCACCGUCUUAUUGCGGUUGUUGGCUUCUCUCUCUCUCCACUUCCCACUGUCUGCAGUACUCAACUCACCGCCGCCAUUUGGCCAAUAGUCAAAGCAUUGCGCAAACAAUAACAAACAAUGUGCAGCCGGAAAUGUUUUCGCGUACACACACUGGUCAUACUCGGCGUCAUACUCACCAUUGUGCUCGUCUGCAUUGUCGGCAUAACACUCACGAACAGUAUCAAUAUAUCGAACAUAAUCAAAUUGCGCGAAAAAGUCGCCAGCGAUUCGGCAGCGGCGACCGGUGCCAAUGCGGUGCAAACACGUGCCGCACUCGUCGAACAACAAUAUUCGACAUUGCAACAACAUCAUUUGUCGCGUAGCGAUUUGAAUUAUAUAGCGGCAACACAUCCCAAAAAUUUGCAACGUUUUGCUGGCAAUCAUCAUGCAGGAGGAGCUAACGGUAUUACUGGUGGUGAUCAAGCGGCGGCAGGGCAAAAUAAAAUUAUCAUCGAAAUUGGUAUACGGAAUUUUUCGAGUGCACACAUCAACAGCAGCGCGUCGGGUGAAGCAAAUUCCACCACCAACUCAUCAUCGACAUCUGAUACGCUGAUCGACAAACUCAUCGAACCCAUAACAAGCGCCAUUGUGGAUGGUAACAUUGACUCGAUUUCAGUGCCUGCGAUCGCCACUGCCACCGUCGGUCGCCAAGUGAAUGAGUCAUUAACGCAUUUGUUCAAUGCAAGAGUGGAGCAGACACGUUCGGCGGCGGGUCAUGAAACACAAACACAAAAUAUGCCACAAACAUCAACGACACAACAAGCAGCAGCGUCUACAACAGAUACGUGGCAGUUGACCACAACGACGGCGACAAUGUUGGCCGCGCAGCCAGGCGAUCGGCUGAGCAUUGCUGAUCACAGUCCCGGUCAAAUUGAUUUUGCAAAGCGUGAACAUGUCAAGCAGGUGAGUUUCAUACAUCAUUUGUUGCUUGCACUGCUUUCGAGAAGGUUAAUUUGUUUGGUAGGCUCGAGUAAAGCUUUCUGGGUGUGGUUCACAGACAAAAGUUAUCGGAACGAGAGCUUCCAACCAAGUAAGAUCGCCGCAAUUCAAACACAAGUGGACAUAAAAUAAUUUUUUUUUUUAUUUCAAAUAACGCUCAACUCAACAGCAAUCAAGUGGCAUCAGCGUACAAACCCUUUAAUAGAAAAAUGUACGUAUGUAUGUAUUU